AUGUACAUCUUGGCCCUGUUUGGAAACCUGCUCAUCAUCCUGACAGUAAGCUCUGACUCCCAUCUCCACACACCCAUGUACUUCUUCCUUUCCAAUCUGUCCAUGAUUGAUAUUGGUUUCAUCUCCACCACUGUUCCAAAGGUGAUUGUGGACAUCCAGACUCACUACCCAGUCAUCUCCUGUGUGGGCUGCCUGACACAGAUGUCACUGCUUAUAAUUUUUGGAUGUAUGGAUAACAUGCUUCUGGCUGUGAUGGCAUAUGACAGGUUUGUGGCCAUCUGCCAUCCUCUUUAUUACAAGAUCAUUAUGAAUCCCACUCGCUGUGGUGUCUUAAUUCUAGGUUCUUAUUUAUCCAUAGUUUGCCUGUUUUAUGGAACAGGAAUAGGGGUGUACUUCAGCUCAUUUCUAUCACAUUCUCCAAGAAGUACUGCAGUGGCCUCAGUGAUGUACACUGUGGUCACACCCAUGUUGAAUCCCUUCAUCUACAGCCUGAGGAACAAUAACAUUAAAAAUGCCUUAAGGAAGAUCUUAGCAGAACAUUCUAAUAAUUGGCACUCUUUAUAA